AUGCGGCUGUCUUUGAUCCAACCACACUCCUCAGGGACCCUAUUGCUGCUGCCGCUGCUCCUGUGGGAGAAUGUGGAUUCGGUACCCAGGUGUCUCAUGAAAGAUGGUGGCUGCCAGAAGGUCCUCAGCUAUAUGUUUAACAGGACAAGCACCACAUCUGAGACCAUCAGUCGCCUCUCUUUGGAAACAUUAAAUGAAUUUGAUGCACAGUAUGACCCAGGCCAGAAGUUCCAGAACAAGCCCACCAUGACCUGCCACACUGCAUCCCACUCCAUCCCAAGCAGCAAAAGGAAAGCUCAAAGAAUGCAGCCUAUGACCCUUCUGAAUGUGACCAUCAGCAUGCUGGCUGCCUGGAAAAAUCUUCUGUACCAUGUACAAAACAAUAUGGCUGAUCUUGAUGGGACUCCAUAUGCUACCAUAUCAAAAGUUACCUUGAUUGAUAGGCAAAUCAAAAGACUCGCAAAAAAUCUGCAGGGCAUUAAGACUAUACUCAGCCAGGUUGAUCCUGAACUUAAGAAAAAUGAGACCUACACUGCCUGGUCAGGAGAGCCAUAUCUACAGCAAUCCCAAAGAGGAAUCCAACUUUUUGGUCUACAUAGCUUGUUUGUAUGCCUGAACAGAGACACACAAAAGGUGUCUGAUUAUGUCAAUAUCCUGAGACACCAAAUUGUUCGUGAUGAAUAA